AGCCCCCGGGCAUGGGGCAAGUGCGGACACCAGCAUCCUGCCCACUGGCUGCACCCCCUGGGCAGAAGAGUCCCCAGGCCCUGCAGAGGAAGGGCAUGUCCCCUACCGUGGCUCUUCCUGGGCAUUCAGCUCCAUCAGUCUGUGAUUCAGUGGAGGAGGCUCAUUGAUGCUCCAGGAAUGGCAGAAAUGUCUCCAGCCUGUCCCUGAGUGCCCUGGAGUACUCAAGGAAUCUUCCCUUGCUCCUUCCAUAUAAUUGCACCUGGCUAGUCCGUGGUGAUGGGUCCUGGGAGUGCCUGAUCCUGGGGAAAUGGGGCUGUGGCAGCCGUGUGGUCUCUCUGUGCCUACUCCCACAGGCACUGGGGCUGGAGGGACAUUUGUGCCCUGUCUCUCCUGCAGACAGAUGUGGACAUGAGCCAGCUGGGUGUCCUGUGGGUGGAUGGAAACUUGGCUAGAGGUGCAUAAGCAGCAGGUAAUGAUAAACAGCGUGGAGGAGGUGGUGACGGCAGUGGUGGUGUCGCUCCGCUCCUGCCCACCCUGGCAUCAGACAUGCCAGGAAGAUGCUCUGCCUCACGCAGCCCUUGAAGCGCUGCCGGUCUGAGCCGGGCUGCGUGCCACCAUCACACCAGUGACAGGACACGGGGAUCGCUCCGGUGUUGACGUCACGCACCACCAGUGCCCUGAGGGCGAGGACGUCCUGCGCUGGGCUGAUGCUCCGAUGGCUCUGAGGAUGGUGGAUGCGUGCUGGGCUCAACUCUGGUUUGGGAUGCCCUGGUAGUGCUAGUACCAAGCCCUUCUCCUCCUUCUCCUCUUCUCAUGCAGUGGAUGAAGCACCUGGCACCAAAAGACGGAGAGCUGAGGGUGCUCCAGCAUCACCCCGUGGGCACUGGGCUCCAGCACUGCCCCAGCCUCAACAGGAGCGAUGCUGCCCUACCGGAGGGAGAGCCCGGUCCUGCCCCACUGCCCGGUGCGGGGAGGAAGGGUGGUUCAUGGGCCCCAGUUUGCCUACUGCCCCAGCCCCCAAGCUCUGCACCGGCUGCCAGGUGCCCACACCUGCCCCUUCACCGUUGGUCCUGUGACUUGCCCUGACCAUGGCUUCCCCUGCCCCGGCUCCCCGGGGAGCCUGCGCGAGGGCAGGGAGCGCUACGAGCUGGAUGCACUGCCCUGGCAGGGGCCCCGGCUGGUCUUGGAGGAGCUGCAGAAGCCAGAGCUCGGGUGCUGGGCCAGGGUCCAGUCCAUCUGUGUCUCCCUUCUCAAGGUGCCCCUGAUGUUUGGCUUCCUGUACCUCUUCGUGUGCUCCCUGGAUGUGCUUAGCUCUGCCUUCCAGUUGGCUGGAGGCAAGGUGGCAGGGGACAUCUUCAAGGACAAUGCCAUCCUCUCCAACCCAGUGGCUGGGCUGGUGGUGGGCAUCCUGGUAACUGUGCUGGUGCAGAGCUCCUCCACCUCCACCUCCAUCAUCGUCAGCAUGGUCUCCUCAGGGUUGCUGGAGGUGCGCUCUGCCAUCCCCAUCAUCAUGGGCUCCAACAUCGGCACCUCCGUCACCAACACCAUCGUGGCCCUCAUGCAGGCUGGUGACCGCAGUGAGUUCAAACGAGCCUUUGCUGGUGCCACGGUGCAUGACUGCUUCAACUGGCUGUCAGUGCUGGUCCUGCUGCCACUGGAGGUGGUGAGUGGGUACCUGCACCACGUCACCCGCCUGGUCGUGGCCACCUUCAACAUCCGCAGUGGGAAGGAUGCCCCUGACCUGCUGAAGAUCAUCACAGAGCCUUUCACCAAGCUCAUCAUCCAGCUGGACAAGUCGGUGAUCACUGGCAUUGCAACAGGGGACGAGAGCCUGCGCAACCGGAGCCUCAUCCGUGUUUGGUGUGGCCCUGCAUCCCCACAGAUGGCUGCUGUGGGGCUUGGGCCCCCCCCAAACUGCACAGCCCCUGGCCACUGCAGCACUAAAGGCAUCGAGAUCCUCCACAACGUCACCAGGCAGAAGUGUGAGCACCUCUUCACCGACACACCACUGCCCGACCUGGCCGUGGGGCUGGUGCUGCUGGCCGGGUCCCUCGUCGUGCUCUGCACCUGCCUCAUCCUCCUGGUCAAACUCCUCAACUCCCUGCUCAAGGGGCAGGUGGCCAAAGCCAUCCAGAAGGUCAUCAACACUGAUCUCCCACACCCUCUCAGCUGGCUCACUGGGUACUUCGCCAUGGUGGUGGGUGCUGGGAUGACCUUCGUGGUGCAGAGCAGCUCUGUCUUCACGUCAGCGAUCACACCCCUGAUUGGUUUGGGAGUGAUCAGCCUUGAGCGUGCCUACCCACUGACCCUGGGUUCCAACAUUGGUACCACCACCACCGCCAUCCUGGCCGCCCUGGCCAGCCCAGGGGAUAAGCUGGCCAGUUCCUUCCAGAUUGCUCUCUGCCACUUCUUCUUCAACAUCUCUGGCAUCCUGCUGUGGUACCCACUGCCCUUCACCCGCCUGCCCAUCCGCAUGGCCAAGGCGCUGGGUGAGCGCACGGCCAAGUACCGCUGGUUUGCCGUGCUGUACCUCAUCAUCUGCUUCCUCCUGCUGCCCUCCCUCAUCUUCGGCAUCUCCAUGGCGGGCUGGCGGGCACUGGUGGGGGUGGGUGCACCCUUCCUCGGCCUCCUCUUCUUCGUGGGGCUGGUGAAUGCUCUGCAGGCACACAGCCCUGGCCGCCUGCCCAAAUGGCUGCAGACCUGGGACUUCCUCCCCACCUGGAUGCACUCGCUGCAGCCCCUCGACCGAGUCAUCACCCAGGCCACUCUCUGCUGCACUGACCGCUGCCGCAGCCCUGAGGGCUGGGAGGAGCAUGAGGGCCCUCCCCGGGACAAGGCCAGGCUGGGGCUGGACAACCCCGUGCUCUCCUACCCCGAGGAGAUGCCCAGCCCCACCAUCCGGGUGGGCUCCCCUCGCCCGCUCCCGCAUGGUGCCACCCGGCUCUAGCUGGUACCACACACCUGGGCUCCUGCUCCCGUGGCCGCCGGUUUCUAACAUCCCUGCUCAGCUGAUGUUCAAUAAAGGUCGAGUGUCCAUGC